AUGGUGCAAAUUGUUAUUUCCACUGCUGGGGUUAGAGGCCUUGCAGUGUGGGUGCUGAUGGAGCUACGGGGGGAGAUCGAGGCUUGCUACAGCACUGGAUUAGCAGGAAACCUCCUGGGAGACCUACAUUACAGCCCUGUGCUGUUUGUGGGGCAUCAUAUCCUGUAUGGAAAAAUCAUCCAUCUGGAGAAACCUGUUGUUGUCCUUGUCAAACACACUCCUGGGCAGCAGGACUACGAUGGGCUUAGCUGCAAGACUGGUACCUGGUACCUGGUGAUAGCACUCAUCAAAAACAAGAUCCUUUUCAAAACUAACCCCAAGCGCAUUAUCACCAACAUCCCUAAGAAAGUAUGA